AUGAUCGAUACCAGCUCUCAAGGAUCCACAUCUGCAGACGAUUACGCUGGCCUGAGCCCGUAUCCACUGGCAGGUGCUGCAACUAAAUCACAGCGGAAGCCCCAACAAGUCGUCCCAGACGACUGGGACAACGAUGAAGAUGAGGAAGAAGAUAACGCCAAAGUCUGGGAAGACGCAAACAACAAAGCGCCCAUGCCAGAACUGGUCAUCUCACCCUCAAGCACCGGGACAUGCGUCGUCCCCCCUCCCCCAGCUGCCUUCCAACCGACGAUGCGUAUCCUGAAACGGCCCUCUCCCUCCCAAUCAGCCUCGAAUUCCACCACCUCACUCUCUUCACAGACGCGGAACACUCUUGCUGAGCGUGAGGCUCAGUAUCAAGAAGCUCGUAAUCGAAUAUUUGGAACGACGGGCGAGCGUGGCAGCGAUGACAUCCCAAGCCGACGCGGGGUGAGGAACGGUAGUGGCAAGGGAGCAGAUGCUGGGUCUACGGCGUCUGCGGUGCUGCGUACUCCUACAGGACCGUCAGAUGCGGACCAAGAGGUGGGUCGGACCGAUGACUCUCCUCCGAAGGGAUUUCGUGACAGAAGGAAUGGGAGGAACCAGAACAGCACAUCUUUGAGUAUGCUAUCACGGACUUCGAGUUGA